CGACACAUUUUAACGCAACCAAAUUUCCGCUACGCAGCUCUUUCCAACACUAAACGGCAUUAGAUUCGUACCGAUUUCGUCAUGGCAUUGUCCAAACGACCGCUCACCAAGGAGACCGCUUUGCCUGAAAACAAUAAUAACAACAACAACAAUAAAACCGAAGAACACGAAACGGCGGUGAAGCGUAAAAAGCGCGCCAGCCGCGACGAUGAAACGGCCAAUAACAAUAAUAACAACAACAAAAGCGAUGACAAAUUGUCAACGCUGCCACAGAAGAAGCGCGCUGUUAGCAGCAGCACCAACAGCAACAACAUGAAUAAAACAAACACAACGCCGCACGACAUUGCCAUGCUGCAAAACUCAGUGCAUAACAGCAACAGCAAUGUCACAAGCACCACUUUGCAUUCACCAGACAGAACACCAGCAGCGGUGGUCAGUACAAGCACACCGACAAAAACGACCGCCGACGACCAGGACGACGAGACGCUCAUACGUGAGACUCAAGCGGCACUGAAAAGCCUCUCGGGCAGUUGGCCACCGGAGGCGCGCAACAAUCUGUACCGUCUGCAGGAUCAGGACGAGAAUCCGCCACCUUUUCAGAAUCUCUUCGAAGAGAAACAAAAACAAAAGGAAAACGAUCAGGCGCGUAUCAAUUCACAGCACUCCGAACAAACAACGUUAGACGAGCGUAAACGUACCACGGCCUUCUCGCAAGCGUCCGCCUUUAAACCGCCACACGAUAUCAAACGCAACGGUCUCAUACCCUAUCCGCCGAGCGCAACAGCUAUGACAUCGGUGGCGUCCUCACUACCACCACCGCCACAUUACCCCAUCUACACCAACAUGAAUGACUCUUCGGCUGCAUACCUGAGCUAUCAGCCCCACGCGCUGGCCGACUCCAACACAAUGUCGAUGCUGCCGCCCGCGCGUCCUACGCCGACAACGCCCGGCCACGCCAAUGGUUUCGAUAUCGCCUCGCAAAUCGGCGCCACCGAUAGUAAAAUCACCGAGCUCAAGCCCGCGCUGGCAGGCGGUGUGCAGUUGCAUAAGCAUAACGAAGCGCUUGGCACGCCGGGUGUAGUGGGCGCCGCCUCAGCUGGUGGUCCAGCAACGGCGGCCGAUACUAAGCACUACACCAUACUGCAACCGGCCGGUGUGGGCAGUCGUGCGGCAUCGGUGAUGCAGGAUAUAGCGCGUGAGGGCGUGGUAACGGCGGUCACAGCUGUGGGCAGCAACAAUAGUAACGGUGGUGUUGGCGCGACGGUUAGCGUACCACAACCGACCUACUCGCCGGGCAGCAUCAAUCGUGGCGAUGGCACCAAGUGCCCCACGCCAAGUUGUAACGGCCAAGGACAUAUCACGGGACUUUACUCACACCAUCGCAGCUUAUCUGGUUGUCCAAAACGUGAUAAAGUCACCUCGGAAUCUGUGGUAGACACAUUAAAGUCCGAGCCGAAGGAGUUGCCUCAUUUGGAAAAGUUAAAAAUCGCCUCGAAUCAAUACUUGAACAACAACAACAUCAGCUGCAUUAAUAACAAUAGUGGGCACGUCACGACCGGCAGCAACAACAAUAGUAAUACUUCCGCCAGCCACAACACACUCAGCCACAGCUCGAGCUCGACGACGAACUCAAGUGCGGCGAGCAACGCAAUGCCAAUUAUCAAAUCGGAAUUCAGUCCGGUCGCCAGCGUCAAGUCCGAAUACAACAAAAGUCCCAUGCAUCCAUAUAUGAACAAUGCGGACAGCACCGGCGGUGGUCCAACAGACCGUUCGGCUAACGGUAAUGCGCCCAAUACCGGCGCUGUGUCCACAACGAACUCAGAUAAUUUGCACGCGCCACACUUGAGUGGUGUCCGAAGUGCGACCGGAACACUUCAAGCAUCCGGCUACGUGAGCAUGCAGCAGCAGCAACAGCAUCAACAACAACAGCCACCCCAACAGCAGCCACCAACGCAUACAAUGGCCGACCCACAUCAGCAGCAACAUCAACAACAGGCGCAACAACAAAGUCCACAUAAUCCACAUCAACAACAACAACAGCACACAAUGCAUCAACAACGCGGUCCAUUCAUCGAAGACUCAUCAUCGCUAAUGAUGUCCGCUGGCAAUGGUGCUUCCGUGAACGGUGCCGAUGCCUAUCGCACCGAUGGUCAUCAUGACGACGCACAACAUCAACAACAUCACUACGAGCAUAUGCGCUAUGCGCAACACAUGGGGAAUGGUGUUGGUGGUGGUGGCGCCAGCGUUGGUGAUGGCAGUCUAGGUGGUGGCAAACCACCCACCUCUGCUUAUGGACAGGAAAUGCUCACUGCCAAUGGUGCACCCACCAAUGCGAUGUCGCCCAAUGCACGCGCCUACGAUGCCAACCCACCCACAUCGCUCUCAUCGGCCGCCGCUGCAGCAGCCUAUGCUGAUGCCACGGGCGUAUCCAGUGUAGCCGGUAUGCCGACAGCCUUCGAACGCUACGAUCCCAUUUGCAAUGGUCAGCGUCAGGGUCCACCCUCGAAUAUGUAUCAUUAUCUGCCACAGUCCGCAGACGAUUUGCAAGUGCAGCAGCAGAAAUACUUGCAAGAACAACAAAUGUUAAUGGCCAAAGCGGAACACGAUGAACUCGCCAAUGGUGGUCCAAUAUAUCCACGCCCUAUGUAUCACUAUGAUCCGAGUAUGGGUCCAUUGCCGCCAGGCUUUUCCGCCAUUAAUUUGUCGGUAAAGAUGGCAGCGGCGCAAGCAGCAGCUGCCGCCGCCGCUUACCAAAAUCAACAGCAGCAGCAGCAGCAACAACAACAGCAACCGAAGCAAAGCGGUUCACCGUCACCACCUGGUGCUCCGGUCGUAGAUUUGUCAGCCUCCGCCUCGGUGACAUCGUCCAGUCCGCACGGUUUCAACUCGCCAGCAUCACACAACCAGUACAGUCAGCGCAUGGGCGCUGGCAGUCCACAGCCUGGUGCGAGCCCCAACAUCGCCAGUCCGCAAGUGCCAAGUCCUCAGGGACAAACUUUGGAUUUGAGCGUCACACGCCUGCCACACAGUAUUAUCACGAGUCCACAGUACGGUACACAUCCCGACGGUCUGGUCGUCGGACAUCCACAAGGCUUUGGACCAGGUGUACCACCAACCGGCGCUAACGGUGCGCCACGUUCACCACAAAUGGAGCCGGUCGAUUUCAGCGGACCACCAAGACCACUCGGUUUCGGGCUGGUCGGACACAUAGGCGGACCGCGUCCAUAUAGUCGUGAAUCGACACCGGAUAGCGGCGGUUCGCACUACAUCGACAGCUAUCGCGACCCAAGUGGCUACUCCCCUCAUCCCGGCUAUGGCAUGGUCGUACAAUCUGAUUAUCCCCCAGCCGGCUAUCAUGGCUACGGUCCAGCCGCAUAUCAAUGCAGCAAUCCUUAUGCGACUGCUGUCGGUCCCGGCGGAUAUCCGACACCCGUAUCGGGCGGCUACUCACCCAGUCCAGCGUCGUGUUACUCCAUGCCGCCGCCACAACAUAUACCACAACACGACAAGACAAAGGAUAGUUUGACGGGCUGUACGCGCAGCGAUCGCAAUCAUCUGCAGCCACACUCGCAAGAACUGAAAUGUCCCACGCCCGGCUGUGAUGGUUCGGGUCAUGUCACCGGCAAUUAUUCAUCGCAUCGCAGUUUAUCGGGUUGUCCGCGCGCCAAUAAACCGAAGAGUAAGCCACGCGACGGACAGGACUCAGAGCCGCUGAGAUGUCCCAUACCCGGCUGUGACGGCUCUGGCCAUUCCACUGGCAAAUUCUUAUCGCACAGAAGCGCCUCCGGCUGUCCCAUCGCGAAUCGCAAUAAAAUGCGCGUACUCGAGGCCGGCGGCACCGUAGAACAGCAUAAAGCCGCCGUCGCUGCGGCGACUGCGAUGAAGUUUGACGGUUGCGGCAGCGCUGCCAGUCAAGGCAUGAAGAAACCAAAAUUCGACGAUGUUACAAUGGUCUACCCCAAGGGCUAUACAGGCAUCGACAUGAUGAUGGGCGGUGUCGGUUCCGCUGUCUCCUCGUCCGCUUCCGUUUCCAGUAAUCUCAGCAAUAGUAGCAGCAACAACAACGCCUCGGUGGUGAGCUCAACCGCUGCGCUGGGAAAUGUCUCGUCGUCGGUGACCGGCACAGCUACCCUGCCCGACAGUUUGCAAGGCAACAAUACCGCCAACAACAACCACAGUAACGGCAAUAAUGCAACAAAUAACGCGAAUAACAACAAUAACAAUAACGUGCCCUCAACAAAUGGCGGCGGUGGCGGCAAUGGCAGCGGCGUGGGUGAGGACUUGAACACGCUUGAAGCAGAGAUCUCCGAAUUGCAACGGGAGAAUGCGCGCGUCGAAUCGCAAAUGAUGCGCCUCAAGUCCGACAUAAAUGCCAUGGAAUCACAGUUGCACACCAGCGAUAGGGAGGCUUCUCCGCUGAGUACUCAUCAACAGCGUAAUCUCGCUGCGGUGACUAUCAAUGCUGGAGGAGCAACAGCUCUUGGGAGCGUCUCCUCCAGCGCCUCAAUCGCGUCCCCGCUCAGCAAUCACAACGGCAGCGGCAACAGCGCCAACGGCAACAGUAACAUCAACCUCGGCGGCAGUGGUGGAACCGGAGGCAACAACAACGCCCUCGCCAGCACAAACAUCUCACACUCCCUCACCAGCAGUCACGCCGGCACCAUAGGCAGUCACAGCCAUAGUCACAGCGGCAGCUAUUUAACACCACCGCCAAGCGUCAGCAUCAGCACCACCACCUCCUCCACCGCGUCCAGCGGCGGUCCACCCACAUCCAGUUCCUAUUACGAGAGUUUACGAAACAACGUUAUCACACUACUUGAACACGUACGACUACCACCACCCGGCGGCAGCAAUGGCGGCACAAGCAUGAGCACGAGUCCACUAGGCGGUGGCGGUGGCGGCGGCAAUAAUGUGAGCAGCACCAGCAUAGGCGGUCAUCCAAGUGAUGGUCUAGGCAAUAGUUUGUCCUCAAAUUUGGCGGGACUACCCGCCACCGCCGAGGUGUUGAGUAAUCAGCAGUUGACCAGCGCUUACGGUGCGCCACAUCCCUCACAUCCCACACUCAUACCACCAAGUCCAUUACCCACAGCCUCCAUUGCGCCCACAAAUGUGGUUAGCGGUGCUGUGUCCAUGUAUGCAGCGCCACCGCACCAUUUAGGCGGCACUCAUCCGGGUAUGUUAGGACCACCACCGCCGCCACCUCCGCCACCACAUGGCGCCUCAAUGCCGCCACAUCAUCCGUACACCGUGCAUCAUCCGGCUGGUUAUGCGCAUCAUGAACCCUUCGACUCAUACAUAUCAAAGCUACAGUCACUCUGUGUGCCACCCGAUGUCUAUGCACUACCCGAUGAUGCCAGUCGUGCGGUGUACGAUACAGUUAAGCCGAGUUUGCAUCAAGAUUACACGCUAAUGCCGACGCCGAUUUAAGCGUGGAUGAGAAGAGGGUUGAUGUGGGAACGCGACUAUUGGGUUUAAUUAGCUGAAACUGGAUCGUCCUUCCACUAUAGUUUCUACGAAGGUUCGAAUACCGCAUAGAAUACCAGAAAGCUCUGAAAGCAAGAAGAAUAAGAAGAGAUGGAUCGGUGAGUUAAAUUACAAUUUUUUGAAUUAAGCAAUGUGGAGGAUCGGUAUAACCCUUUAAAUAUGUACAGUAGAGAUAGAUUUGGGAUGGGUGGUAUGAUAUCAAAGAUCUCACUAUUAGACGCCGAAUUAUCCAUAAUAAUUAAAUACUUACAGUCCCGCCAAGAGGGCAUAAGGAAUAUCCGAUGAUUUAGCUCUAUUUCAUGACUUUUUAAGCAAUAGACUGAGCGUUUUUUUUCCUAGCAUGUGGUCAUAUAUGUGGAUAUAACAGAAAAAGAAGGUAUUGGAACAAGAAUAUUUUUACAAAUCCUGCGUAAGAAGCUUUCUAUCUUAUUAUUAGGCACAAAAACGUUUGAAAAUUGUACACUUUCCUCUGUUAAAAUCUUUAGGGGUUUUAUUACAGCUUCAAAGCCUCAGAGAUGAUAGCUACAUAAGCGACAACAUCAGUGAAAGCUUGUAUUAUGACAUUAGUUCGUUUCUUUUGAAGAAUGAAAUGUGGAGCUUUCACUGUUAUGCAUAAAAACAACAUUUGACCACUGGCCUCAGUAUAAAAAGCUUUAGGGGUAUUGUUAUAGCUUAUACAGAUAGCUUCAUAGAUGAAAGUUCCAUGAGUGAAAGUGAUCGGUGAAAGCUUGUAUUAUGAUAUUAGUUCUUUCUAAGAAUCAAAUUUUUUGCCUAACAUGUGGAGCUUUCACUGUUAUGCAUAAAAACGUUUCAAAAAUGACAUGGACCAGGUGAUAAAAAAAGCUUUCAUGGUCAUUGUUAUAGUUUCAUAGACAUCCAUAGAGAAAGUCUGUUUACAUUUCAUGUCUUUUUAAAUUGAAGUCCUUUGCCUUACAUGUUGAGCUUUCAUUUUUAUUAUUAUACAUAAAAACCUUUCUAAAGUGGUCACUGGCCUUAAUCUAAAAAUUUUGAGAAUUUUAGAAAGUUUUGCUAUAACGUUACAAGAGAAAGCUUCAUUGAAAGCUCACAUAAUGUUGCAAGAAAAAGCUUCGUUGAAGCUCCCAUAGUGUUACAAAUGAAAGCUUUGUUGAAGCUCCCAUAAUGUUACGGGUGAAAGUUCGUCAGCCGUAAAAGCAAAUAACGAUGAAAGCUCAUUGGGGAAAAUGUGAAAAAGUAAAGAAUACUUUUGUGUGAUUUUUGGGAUUAUUGAUUACGAAAAAUUACUGAACUUUUUCCAAUAUUUUGUCAACAUACUUAUGCACAUAGCAUAACUUAGGAGAAUAAAAAGCGAAAUAAAAUAUUGAAAAAUAGCAUCAUAAUUAUUAUAGCGAAAAGACAGGUAUCAAGCAUUAGCCUUACAAAAUCUAUAAUAUUUAAAAAAAUUUGUAUAAUAAUUAGUAAGUACUAAAAAAAUCAGAAAAUAUGUAUUUGUAACUGUAUAUGGGCAUAGAUGUGCAUUUGUAAUUAUGUAGAUAAAAAGCGAUAACUUUCGAUUAUGUAAUAUUGGAAUAUUUUUUUCGGAUCUUUUGUGUGAAGAUUGGAGUAUGUGUUCGGGAACUAAAUGCUAGUCAGAAAAUUAACUAGAUAUAAUAAGCUCUAGCUAUAAUAAUCAAUGUAUGAGUACUAAUUAUAUAUAUUGUUGUUGUUUUAUAUGUUGUUUUAUACAGUUACAACAACAAUAAAUAAUUAUACUAAGACAAAUAUUGAUAAACUGGCGCUAUAGAAAAAGGUAUACGAACAUAUGGGUCUUUUCGAAAGCUUGGUGCUGACUUGGCGGUGAAAGAAAGUCUUAGAAAGCUGAUAAAGAUGCUACUUCCGCCAGUUAGCUUCUAACUCUGAAAGCAUGUUAAGGUUUUCGAGGAAGAGUUGUAGCAAAAUUAAAAGAAGAAGUAAAGUUGAUGCUAAAAUUGUAUAUAAAAAUGUGUGUAUGUGUUUGAGAAGGCCAACUUUGCCGCUGAGAUCCUUCAGCGCGCUAAGGAUUAUAGUUAACUGUAUGUAUGUAAAUGUAAAUUAUUUAGAAAUAUUGAAUUUAUAAUAGAUGUGCAGUUCCGCAAUACAGCGAAGUAUUAGAGAAACCACACUCAUUCGCUAUGCUGAGUAUAUAUCGUCACCUAAAAUGUAAAAUUACGUAACUUCACUUUUCAUAAGUUUACAGGCGAAGGAAAAGCGAUCUACUAGAAACCGCUCAUAUUAAAAAUAAUAAAGGUUUUGGUUAUAAAAUGGUUAUAUAUUAGUUAAAUAUUAGUUAUAUAUUAGUUAC